CCGCUGACGGUGCGGGUUCAGUUAUCAGCAUAUAGCACGAAAGUUACCCUGGGGUGCGGUACAAUAAUCAACUAAGCAAAUGAGCAAAAAGGUUGACUUUAAGUAAGCGUGGUAUACUUGCACUCAAAGUAAUAAAACGCAGAGAAUGGUAAACAAUUUCUGCUAAGAGUUAAAUGUGGUUUAAAACUUGUUAGCCAUCACAAGCCCCUAAAAAAAGUAAAAAAAAAAAAAAAAAAAUAGAGUGGCUAAAGCUAAUGCAAGGCUAUAGGAAACUACUUGGUUAGCCGGCGGUGCUGACUGAGGUUGAGGUGUCGCGCUGCUAGCUACAGAAGGCUUUAACAUUAUGGUUCCGAGCUAGCGUUGAGUGCUAACACAGUGUAUACAACUGACAGUUUGUUUGGCAACCAGUUUGAUUGGUGGGCAGGAUAAUGCUAGCUAGCUACCGCGGGCGGCGUUAGCAUUAGCAAAACAAGUGCUUUGAGUCAGCUGACAGGCUGCUGCGAGCUGCCGACAGACCAGUGAUGGAUCCACUGAAAGUAAAGGAUCGUAUAUUGGAAAAUAUCUCCUUGUCUGUUAAGAAGCUGCAGAGUUACUUUGCUGCCUGUGAGGAUGAAACUCCAGCUAUUCGAAAUCACGACCGGGUACUGCAACGUCUCUGCGAGCACCUUGACCACGCUCUGCUGUAUGGGCUGCAAGACAUCUCUUCAGGCUACUGGGUCCUGGUCCUUCACUUCACUAGAAAAGAGGCUGUCCGUCAGAUAGAUGAGCUUCAGCACAUAGCAACCAACAUCGGUCGAAGCCGUGCGUGGCUAUACCUGGCACUGAGUGAGAGCUCUUUAGAGAGCUAUCUGCGCCUCUUUCAGGAGAACCAAGCAUUGCUGCAAAAGUAUUACUUCAAGAACGCAUUGGUCUGCAGUCACGACCACCUCACUCUCUUUCUCACACUGGUAUCUGGCCUGGAGUUCAUUCGCUUCGAUCUGGAGCUGGAUGUCCCCUAUCUAGACGUGGCCCCCUACAUGCCAGAAUACUACAAACCACAGAACGUGCUGGACUUUGAGGAAAGGCUGCCGAGCUCAGACAGCCUGUCCCUGCACUCCUUCACCUCCCUCACCUCCACCAACCUGGAGUGGGAUGAUAGUGCCAUAGCUCCCUCCAGUGAAGAUUAUGAUUUUGGUGACAUCUUCCCCGUGUUGCAGUCAUUGCCAAGUGCAGACUGGGAAGAGGGUGACCUGACUGACCAGGCGAGCUGCCCACGAUCCAGUGGCUCUGAUCCACAGACGGUCAUAAGUGACACCGUAGUCCUUUCUACCACAGUGAAGGGGAAAGCAGCAACUGUUUCUCCACACAGCCCCACGUUCAGACACAACCCAUUCAAUGAGGACUCAGACACCAACACCUCAGCCGACGUCACACCAGUUCAUGUGCCCAGCCGCCACAAUAGCACCACCACCACCACCACCACAGGGGAUGACACUGAGAACAACAACAAUGAGCUUGAGGUUAUUAGGAUGGCAAAACGAAGGAAACCGACAAAGAAGAGACGUGGAAAGAGCCUUACAGAUUCCAGCAGCACCAUCCGUAACUCCGUCUCCUCUGAGCAAGUGGAAAUGGAAAGUACCAUCCUCACUUUGAUAGAUGCUGAUUCAGUAAACUGCUCUGUAGUGAAGCUGUAUGAUGAAGGAGAGUUGAGGAGGAGCAGGCUUGGGUCAGAGGUUCUGGAUGAAGGAGGUGAGGAUGGAACGGGUCUACGACUCCCAGAGAUGACAGACACCUCCAUGGAUAGCGUGGGUCAACCCUUAUGUGAUGUCAUUGACCAGCUCAACGGGGCUCUGGACAGAGAGGACACCUGGGAACAUCCAGGGGAGGACAAAAAAAGUGAAUGUUUUUAUCAGAGCCCCGAGCCUCCUGCACAGCAGCCCUUUCGUAAGGAUUCAGGGGGUAAACCACCUGACCCAGCCCCAGGAGAGACAUCUGGUUCACCUGUGGCCAAAAGCCCCGACUUCCUGCAGGCCUCUCCUGUGUCUGCAGACGUUUGCUGCUUUACCCCCAACAGUCCAGACUCUGCUUCCGCGGGUGGUAGCCACUAUGACUCUACAGAGCAUAGCCAGUUACAGACUUUUUCAGGUGGCCUUAAAGGUGAAGGAGAGGCAAAAGCGCUUGCAGGACAGGAACCCGUCAUGAAGGAGGAGGAAGAUGCACAAACUGACAAAAGGACAUUUGAAGCUGAGGAAGCAGAACAGGCACUACAAGAGGAGAAGCUUAGUCCCUCUGAAAGUUCUCAUCCUGCAGAGUUUAAGGUGGACAACAAUCAUUUGUUGCUUCUUAUGAUUCACGUAUUCAGAGAGAAUGAGGAGCAGCUCUUCAAGAUGGUGAGGAUGAGCACAGGUCACAUGGAGGGGGACCUGCAGCCUCUGUAUCUGCUGCUGACUGACUGUUACAUCUACCUGCUUAGAAAGGGUGCAGCAGAGAAGCCCUACACAGUAGAAGAUGCUGUUUCUUAUAAUGAGCUGGACUAUAUUUCGGUGGGCCUCGACCAGCAGACACUAACUGUGGUUUGCACCAACAGGCGAAGAAAAUUCCUGCUGGACACAGCCGAUACCUCACUAACUUGCUGGUUCCUAUCGAUUCUCAAGUCAGCCAUGGUGAAAGGUUGCAGAGAGCCUCCGUAUCCUUCGGUUCUGACUGACGCCACCAUGGAAAAACUGGCUCUCACCAAGUUUGUGUCCCAGGAGUCUCACUGUGAGGUAUCUGAAGUGUCUAUUAAACUGUAUUCACUGGUUCACUGGGAGGAUCCUAUGGACAUGGCUUUGUCUCCCCACGGUGGCCCACCAAACCUCGGAGGACUUUCCAGCACAAAAGAAGGGUCUGUGCAGUAUCGGUCUGGAACCACGUACCUGGGUAAAGAGCAGUGGAAGAGCUGCUACCUCGUUCUCAGUAACGGGAUUCUGUACCUGUAUGCAGAAAGAACAGAUGUGACCCCCCUGCUCUCAGUCACCAUGGGAGGAGAGCACUGCGGAGGCUGCCGUCGCUCAAACAACACAGAACGUCCGCACGCUUUCCAAGUCAUCCUGACGGAGCGCCCCCCACUUGUGCUCUGCGCAAACAAUGAGCAGGAUAUGGCUGACUGGAUGCAGUUGCUCUGCCAGUCUGUCUCCAAAGGGGUCAUUCCUCAGGGUGUCGCCCCCACCCCAUGUAUCCCGUGUUGCCUUGUGGUAACAGACAAAAAGCUGCUAACCUGCCAUCAGGACUGCCAGACGAGCUUCUUUCGUUCGCUGGGCAGCGCUGACAUUUGUGACGUCAUCGCCGUCAGGCUGGAGGCAGACAUGGAGUACUGUGUUAUUGAGUUUGCGGCCGAUCGGGCCCAGUUCCUACCUCCAUGGGUCUUGUACUUCAGUGGGUGUAAAGAAAGAGAUCGACUGCUGCAGGCUUUGGACAGCGCAUGGAAAGACAUUUUUCAGGUUGAGCUUCCUCACACAGACGUGUCUGAUCCAUUGGUGCAGAAACGCUGUGGUGAGGCACUGGAGCUGAUGAAGAGCGCCUGGCAGAGAGCAGACAGUCUGGCUCGAGGCAGAGCCCAGCGUGAACCAUGGUGCUGACAGACACGCACAUGCGUGUCUACACUUUUGUGUGUGCUCCUAGCCACUGAGACAGAGUCGGAGAGUGUGUCAGGAUGGGAUGUUAACAGUUUGUGCUGCUGCAGAGUCCUAAGCCGAAAGACUGAUAAACCACCCCGAUGGGAUGUGGCUUGUGAUGAACCUCUGAUUCUCAAAUGUUAUCAGAGACACUUCCUGCUGUGGUAACAUUGCGUGUUGCACAUCACUUUGCAGUGAUAUAAGACAGCAGAGUAACAAAGUCUCUAAUAAGCCUGCAGCAUUAUUUUACUCACUAUUUAGAUAUUCCUCAGAAAUGGCAGCAGUGUAGGCCGAGUAUGCCAAAUCAAAGACAUUUGUUGUCACAUGAUUUAAUGAUGCAGAUACAGAUAGAACAUGAUUAUUACAUUAUUUAGCAGAUUGAGGAAGCUUAAUGGAGGCGAAGAACCGUUACCAGAAGCUUCUCUGUAACAUGAGAAUUUUAUGUACGCACAGAUAUGAAGGAGGAAAUUGCAGGUUUACGGUUUAGUGAAGAGUUGACGCUCCAUACUGGAACUUUCUGCACAGCUCACACACUCAUAUGAAGAUAUGUCACAUGUUGUUUAAAAAAGAAAAAUGUCCUUCUAAACCAUAACGUAUAUCAUCAGUGCAAAAGUACAGCACUGUACAGUAUCAUUGCAUAUUCACCGACAGUUACAUACGUGUUGUGUGUGUUUGGUAUUCAGUUUUGGUUUGUCAGCGAGUACUUACCUCUACUGUGAAGUAUUGUCACGUACACAGUACACAGUGCCGGGAGGGAACGAGGAUAUCCAAAUGUUUAACACUUGCGCUGUUACAUAACAUGCUCGUAGCUGUAGGGUCAGUCUGAGUCUUUGCUUUAUCAGUUUUAACGUUCUUACUCAGAUAAAAAUUCUUUCAGGAAAUACAAAAACAGACUUGCCUUUUCUCCACUCUGCAAAGACGAGUGGAGGUUUCCAUGCAUACUUGCACUUUUUUUGCCUUUUUGUCUUUUUUUUAUUUUAUUUUUUAAGUGGUACUGGCUGUGGCAUUGCAUCAACAUUUUAUUUUAUUUUAUUUUAUUUUUUUAGAGAAAAUGGGAAUGAUUAUUACUAAAUUAUCCAUUUGAGUUUUGGCAUUGUUUUAGUAUUAACUCUGCUUUCAGUGUGGGGAUUUUUUUAAAGCAGCAGUUAAGGUUUGUCUGAAGAUUCGUUUAAUAACUGAAAGCUACAGGAUGUUUUAUUUUGCACCAGUGAUUUGUACUGUACUGUAAGCUCUGGCCACACUUCUCGAUUAGAACACGCCUGCAUCCUCUGGACUUGUCGUCAGUAGGACCGCGUUUGAGGUUUGAAUUCAAUUUAUUCUGUCUGGAGCCUGUCAAAGAAUAGCCUGUUAUAUUAACUGAUAAUAAAGCCUUACCUGGGCAAGAAUACAAAUUACAAGACCCUAAAUAAAACCGCUUUAGUUUGCAUAUAAAUUAUUGUAGGUAGACAGUAAUGCAUGUUCAACAAUCUGCCCUUAAUAUUAAGCUUGAUUAGGGGAUUAGAGUGCUGCUGCAUGUGCCAUGUGACCGCUGUUACUGGAGGGCUGCGAUAAAUAUGAGGUUUUCUUUGCGAUGACAAUGUUGCCUUUUUUAGCUGAAGUGAAUUAAAUUGCCAGUUAAUUUGAAUGAAGCACCAUUUCUUUCCUUUCAGCAGAAGCCUUACACUUUUUAAUAUCGCAGAGCGCUUUAGGAGUCUAAAACAAUCAACGUUUUUGUUACGUUUCCUUUUGAGAGAAAUGUCAGUGCUUGUGCUCCAUGUAGGUCACGCCAAGUAAAGCUUGGUAUAGGAAAAGGAUUGCUUAUUCUAUGCCAACUACUACCACUACUUACUGUUGAAUAUGUAUCCAAAUGUUAACCAGCCCCAUACAUGUGUCACCUGUCCUGUCAUCUUCUUUUAUUUAUUUAUAUAUAUAAUUUUUCUUAACAAAGAAAUCUAAUCUCAGGUGAAAAGGGUACUUCACAUCAGAACACUCACCGGUUAUUUGUUCUUUUUUGAGCAGUUUUUUGAAUUGCAGCAGUCUUUUUAAAAUUCUCUGUGUUCUUUUUUUUGGUUCCUCCCAUGUCCUCAGUGCAUUAAGAAGUGAUUUUUGCACACACACAGAGAGAGAGAGAGACGGCUGCAGGAAAAGGUUUUAUGAAAAAAAAAAUCCUUUAAUAUUUUAGCAGGUUCCAAAAUAAGAUUGGUUGGCAGUGUUGUUAAAUUCCUGUCCCACAGUGGGAAAGAAGCAUUGCAAUAGUUGGACUUACUUGAAAUGUUUGUUGGAUGAUUAAUAAUAAGUAUGCUUAGAGUUGCAGCAUAUGGCUUGUAUAUAACAUGAAAUUCAAAGUCAGUCCUUUUAAGCAGUGUUUUUGAAUGUGAGACAUUGCAGGCCAAUGAUGGGAGACAUCUUUUAAGAAAAAAAAAAAAGCGCCUCAUGAUUUUGUUCAUGUUUACUGCAUGUAAUAUUUUUAUUGUGUUUAACAGUUUUAUUCAAAUGUACAUGAAGCACUAAUCAACCCUAAGCUCCCACAGGGAGACGUGCAUGUCCUGAUGGUUUUAUACUGUUCAUUUAUGGUAAUGAAUGUACAAAUAAACCUUUGUGAACUGUAAUGAAA